UUUUCCUUCCUCGUUCGCAGUUGUGCUACGACUGAGCUAUGGCAUCUGCGGCUCGGCUCGCAGCUCUCGCGUUUGCCGCGAUUUUUCUUAACUCCGUAGCGGGUCACUCAAAAGAGAAUUGGGACAAUGUCCUGGCAGAUCGGAUUGUCUUCGCCGUGGACACCUCCGCGUCAAUGAUGAUGGACGACCUACAUACAAAAAUGAGGCAGGCAAUCUCAGUUUGGACGAAAUAUCUCUCUCCAUCGAGCUCAUCAAUUGGCAUCUCUCAACUUAAAUUAAAAGAGGGGUUUUGGAUGAAAAACAUGUCUGGGUCCAGUCUGAAGUCCAUGUUGCCCGACGAGGAGUUUUCCAAAAGCGCGUGCCUCUUUUGCGGCAUAGGCGAGGCAGCCAAAAUGCUACAGGAUGCAAAUGCCAAAGACUUGGUCGUUUUAUUGAUGGAAGAACGAGCCGACGAUAUGCCACAUGACACAGCGCAAUUCACGAUACAGAGCGUUCAACCGAAGUUCAGAAUUUUCUCCAUCGCUUUGACGGAAAAAUCUGAUGCUGACUUGGAUGAGCUGUCGAACGCAACGCACGGUGGCAGUGACUUCGUGCCAAACCCAACUUUCUCGAGGCUUUUAAUGACAUUCGCGUCACUUCCCGUUGCCAAGAAUUACUCCAUUAUCACAACUAAGGAAUGCGAAAAGGAUGCCUCUUGUCCGGUUGAAUUUGAGCUUGAUGAAACAGCGGAAAAUCCUCAGAGCGUUCUUCAAGUUUUUAUGUGCCCCACCACCAAAAGCAACUCGUCCAUAAAAUUGGAGUACGACUUAAUGAAUGUCCAGCUUGAUGAGGGAGACAGUGUCCGGACUCUUGACGCAGAACUCGAUUUGGAAACUGGCUGCUGGGUGUACCAGCAAACUAAUCCACUUGCUGGUAUAUGGCAGCUGAAGGUUGGAGCUGAAAACAACACUGUAUCCGUGGUUGUAUUUUUGCUGAGUGAAGAUUACCAUAAGCUUAACUGUUAUGUGACGAGGGAGUCGGGAGUUGUGCACGUAAAAGCUCAAAUCGAGCCUCCAGUGGAAAAUCUCGACCGUUUUGAUAUAUCUUAUGCUGCUGAAACGGGAAACCGGAUUUUUGAAGCAGUUUCCCUGGAAAUGGACGCGCCUGGUCAUUAUACUGCGUGCAUGAGGCCGACCAAUGAAAUCGGGAGGCACGCAAUCUCUUGCAAGGCGGUCAAAACAGGAGUUCAAUUGCUACAAUCGCAAGCACAUUCCGCUUCAAUUGAAACUUGGCCUCCAAAUGGAAACAUAUGCACCUCUAGAGGGAAAACAACAACGGCAGCUUUUACAGAAAAAGAACCAAUUUUUGUCACAGCUAAUAGUGAAGAAAAAUCAUCGUCACUCAAAACAACUGAAGUUACGGAAGUUACCGUGACUGAGGUGAUUGGAACUGCAACUUCAUUGCUUGAUCCACAAGUAGUGCACGACAGAAUCAAUAUCAACUCCACAAGCGGGGAAGUGGAGGAAGAAGUGAGCAGCGUUGGGUCGACCGCGCAAAUGAUCAUUUUUGUUGUUGGAGCGAUAAUAAUUGGGGAAAUAGUUUUCAUAUUAGUUCGUUGUCGGAAGAAAACUCGUAAAGCGGAGAGAGAACGUGCUCAGGUUGCGUACCCUGUCGACCCAAAGGUCAACCCCGAGCGCAGAUACCAGAAGGUGAGGAGCGUUGAAGCUGAGGAGACUGUUUAAGUGAUAAAUGUCAAUUUACCUGUCAUUAUUGUCGAAACCUGUGCCACAUAAACUGCUGCUAGUCCUUUUUCAGUAACUUAUUGUAAUUUUUCAUGGGUGUCAAGCACAAUAAAAUGCUGUCACGAUCAA